GGCUUCUGUUUUUUUGUUUGGUCACAAGGGGCUGAGCUGUAAUUUCACUAGGCUUUUAGGUUAGUUUUGCAUUUGAUUCAAGUUUGGGUAUAGGUUUGGAAUUAAAAUCAAGUUGUGGGUUAGUUUUGGCAAAAACCCCUCUAAACAAUUAACUUAUGCAUAUCUCUUUCGGUAACAAGACAAAAUAAUUGGGAUGUUCAAUUGCUUCUAAUUAUACAUGUUAUUCCCUCUGUUCCUUAAAGAUCUAUACUCUAAUUUUUUCACACAUUUUAAUAAAACACAUUAAAUUUGCAUAAUUUUUUGUGUUUAUUUUCUUUACAUAAUUUUAAGCCAAUAAAAAACAAUUAGUGCAAUUAAGUUUUUUGAAAUUUGCAAUUAGUUACUAAAACAUACAUUAAAAAUGUAAAAGAAUAAUCUUUUAGAAACAAAUUUUUUCUCUAGAAUAUGCAUGUUUAAAGAAGGGAAGGAGUACUAGUUAGGAAGAUACAUUAACUGCUAAUCAAUUUCAACAAAACAAAAUAUAUGAUAUUUUGAAAAGCACAAAAUAUAUGAUAUUUAGAAAAGCUUGGAAAUCAGUAACUAUCAACUAGUAUAUCUCUAGACAUUAUCAACAGUUAAGAAAAACCAAAUAUUUCAAAGUAUAAAUUCUAAAGAUUUAUUGAAUCUCUAGACUUGUAUAUAUCCUAAGUUUUAAAUAAAAUUUUAAAUAUAUGAUCAGGAAAAAUAUUCUGAUAUAAGAUUAUGACUAUUGAAAAUUAUAUAUAUUCCGUUGUACACCAAUGAUUAAUAACCGAACAGUUUAAAUGUGGAAUAAAGAAAUUUGUAAAAAAAAAAGUAGAACAAAACCAACUUAUAAUUUGGACAAAUAAAACGACUUUUAAACUUAUUUUUCCUAUACAAAGCACAUAUAUAUAGCUGCACCCGUGUUAUACAUAAUCGGAAAGAAAGAAAGAGAGAGGAAACAGAAGAAUUAGAGAGAGAUUGUUUGUCUGCUCCUCCUGAGAUCGCGCGUAGAAUUAGAUUUUGAUGGAGAUUCAUUGAGACCCCAAAGCCUUUCUCCUCUGAUCAAUUAUUCUAAAAAAGUAAUUUAUUUAAAAUUAUUUUCUCCGGGAAGGUUUUAAAAAAGUCGUCUGUUUUUCACCGGUUACAUGUCAGUCCGCGUUCCGGUCCCGUCGAGCAGCAGCCAGUUACCGGCGGCGCCAACAGCAACAACGACAAGACGUCGCGUGACAGAUUCUCAAGAAGAUCAUUGCCACGUCAGCACCGGAGGAGGAGGAGGAGCAGUCGUUUACCUCCCCGGCGACGAGGAAGAAGCCACGAGCAGCAGCGGCGACGAAGGAGGAGGAGGAGGAUCAUCUUCGUGUUGUCAGAGUGAUUCGCACCACAACUACCUCGUCCGGUUUCUGUCUCUCCGCAAAAUCAGGCUCGUGUGGAUGCUCAUGGCCGACAACAAAUCCCAAUGGACGGCUGCUAUGUCUCGGAACGUGAGAUCCGCCACCAAUCUCGGCCGUAUGAUUCUGUCUAUAUUAGGAAUCCUCGUCGUCACUUUCUUCCUCGUCGUUGCUCUCUCCGGUGGCGGUGGCGGACGACGGAGACACGUGGAGAAACACGAGUUCGUCGUUUCGAUCCAUCCCAGAAGUAACAUGGAGAAGAUCAUCAAAGAAGAAGAAUCUUCUUCCAGUUCCGCUCGAGUUCUCAAACAUAUCCCAGAAAUUUGGAAUCAACCAGACACUGGGAACUAUCAGAAAUGCGUAGCUCGGCCCAAGAACCAAAAACCAAUCAAGAAAACCAAUGGUUACCUUGUUGUUCACGCCAACGGUGGUUUGAAUCAAAUGAGAACUGGUAUAUGUGAUAUGGUGGCAAUCGCCAAAAUAAUGAACGCUGCUCUUGUUCUUCCUUUUCUUGACCAUUCAUCUUUCUGGAGUGAUCCUAGCACGUUUAAGGACAUAUUCGACUGGAGGCAUUUCAUCAAAGUACUAGCAGAGGAUGUCGACAUUGUCGAGUAUUUACCCCAGGAAUAUGCUUCUAUCAAGCCUCUUGAAAAGAAUCCUGUGUCUUGGUCCAAGGCAAGUUAUUACAGAAACUCAAUGACAAAGUUACUGAAGAAGCAUAAGGUGAUCGUAUUCAAUCACACUGAUUCUCGGCUAGCUAACAACAGCCCACCUCCCUCGAUCCAGCGGCUUAGAUGUAGGGCCAACUAUGAAGCUCUUCGUUACUCCCCAGAGAUAGAGAAUCUAAGCAAAGUUCUCUCUUCAAGACUUAGAGAAAACAAUGAACCCUACCUUGCUCUUCACUUGAGGUACGAGAAAGACAUGUUGGCGUUUACCGGAUGCAACCACAGUCUAACCUCUGAGGAAUCGAUCGAUCUUGAGAAGAUGAGGUAUAGCAUUCCGCACUGGAAAGAAAAAGUGAUCAACGGUACAGAACAGCGUCUCGAAGGUAACUGCCCCAUGACGCCGCGCGAAGCUGCCGUGUUCCUCAAGGCAAUGGGGUUCCCUUCGACCACGAAGAUCUACAUUGUCGCAGGAGAGAUCUACGGCCAAAACAGUAUGAAUGCAUUCCACCAAGAGUUCCCAAACGUUUUCUUUCACUCCACGUUAGCUACAGAGGAAGAGCUUUCCACUAUAAAACCAUACCAGAACAGAUUAGCUGCUCUUGAUUACAAUUUAGCACUCGAGAGCGAUGUUUUCGCUUAUACUUACGAUGGAAACAUGGCCAAAGCGGUUCAGGGUCAUCGUAGAUUCGAAGGUUUUAGAAAAACAAUUAAUCCUGAUAGGCUAAGCUUUGUGAAACUGAUUGAUCGGUUCGAUGCGGGGCUCAUGUCUUGGGAAGAUUUCUCGUCGGAGGUUAAGAGAAUACAUGGUAAAAGAUUAGGAGCUCCGUAUCUUAGACGGCCAGGAAAGGCAGGCUUGAGUCCCAAGUUGGAGGAGAAUUUUUAUGCAAACCCUCUUCCGGGUUGCUUGUGUGACACUUCUGAUAAACAAACCGGCCUGAACCGGUUUGAAAGACCAAGUUUACGAGCACAAUCUCUGAGAUAACCGGAGGUGUUUAGGUGUUCAAAUUGGUACUACUUAAAUUACACGAGGAAAUCACAUGUUUUGGCCUUUUUUUGGUUUUUAUGUAAUUAGGUUUAUUAAAACGUUAAUUCUAAUUGUAUUAGGAACUUGGAGAUACAUAAAAUAUUUGGUCUAAAUCUCUCCCAGAUAAGAAAUAAGAAUAUAUGAAUCAUAGCUCAAAACAUCUUCAAGAACAACAAUGUUUUAAGGUUUGCUGAAUUUCAAAUUUGAGGUUCGAAGGUGUUCAUUUCCUAUGAUAUAAUCUUAAAUCUUAUUUUAUAAAGAUUUAUAUUUACAUUAUAAUUUUUAAUAUUGAUCAAAAUUGAUUAAAAUUAUUAUUAUUUAUUUGAUUAAGCAUACAUUAAAAAUGUAUUUAAGCUAUCAUUAACCGGAUUAGGUUCUCAUUAACUGGAUUAACUGGAGUAUUGAAGUUCUAGUCUUCAGAAGAUCUUUCCCAAGUCCUUGUUUCUUUUAAGCAGACCCUCUUUUCACUGGAAUGUACAUUCAGCACCUAAAGUCUCAAAUUGAGUAUUAUUUUUUUAAACACAGUGAUUUUGAAGCAAUGGAACUCUGCUGAAAUCAUUAAAUCCCUAAAUAGAGGAAUGGGACCACUGGAGACAAUGCACAUUUCAUUGUUACUCUCCUCUCACUUUCUUCUCAGUCAAGACACAGAAACAACACAGAGUAGUAACUAGUAAGGUGUCUGAAAGGGGCAACUGAUUAUAAAUGCAUUUUGUUGAACUCACGAGAAACCCAAUGGCUUUCUUUUUUUGGACAAACCCUUCCUUCAAUACACUCACACGUCUCCUCUUGUCUUCUUCACUUGAAAAAAAAAGAAAAAAAGAUGACAACUGUAUUAAAUUGAUCAAGAUUUUCAAGAUCUUAACUAAUACAUAUUGUAAUAUUCUUCUACAUGUGAAAACUCAUCUCACCAAACCUGCAACUAACAAAAAAAACAAAACAAAACAGCA